AUGCAAUCGCCAUCGAAUGUACGAUGUAACUCUACACCAAGUGAGAGAAAAAAUACCAACGAAAGUACAGACGAUAGUCAACCGCCACCGCCAUCAUAUCCGAGUGUUAUUCAUAAAUUGGAAAACUUUCCAUUGCACAAUUAUAACGAUCAACCACCUCCGCCAAGUUAUGCAGAUAUCGUGACUUCGAAUCAAACACCUUCAAAUCAGUAUGCGACAGCAGACAAUAUAUUAUCAAAACGGGCACGAGUUUAUUUAUGGUUGAAUGGAAUCUUCACGAUUAUCUUUGGUAUAAGCGCCAUUGGUAUCCAAAUUGGAUUAGUAGCUUCACAUUCAAUCGUGUAUUACUAUUACGGCUUUUGGGCAGGAAUUUUAAUCAUCAGUAUCGGUAUCGGUACACUUUUAUUCAAUAGUCGCUAUCGUAGACAUGAGACAACAAAAUAUUUUCGUUCAUUCAUAUGGCAAACAGCAUUUAUUGCCGUUGUAUUCGGCUUUGGGGUCAUUAUUAUCCUAACAGAUUCGUGCGAUGGAGAAGAAUCAGAAAAUGAUGGUAAUGAUGAUGCGUGUAAACGGUCGUAUAAAGUACUGAAUGGUUUACUGAUCGCUGUUAUUUCGAUAACAUUCGUGCAAUCAAUUAUAAACACAAUUAUUGUUGCUGUUCUUAAACGGCAGUACAUGACGAGUCUGAAUGCAACAACAUCAACCACUACAGCAAUAGAAGCUUCUUGA